AUGUUUACACUCAUUCUCAUCUGCUUUUUGAUAUUUUGCCUCCUAUUUUACGUGGUUGCUUCUCGAGUGGGAGGACCAUUGUUCUGUCUUGCAAAAAUCAUUCACUUCCUAUUGACUAUCAAGGAAAAGUUCAUCUCCGAUACAAGGAAAAUUUAUGGAGAUUUGUGUAGCCCCGAAGGAAGAGCUUUCAUGUUGUUGGCCUCGACUUCAGUGAACGAUUCGGAACCAAAGAGAAAGCUCAAUCAUGAUGAUUUUAAGAAAAUUGUGGCCAAGUUGGAAUUUGCCACUCGUGUCUUGUACAAAUCAGAUUUUGAAGUGGAAAGAGCUAGAAAUUCGAAUGAAAUUUCAAUUGAAUCAUUUUCUAGAGGUAGAGAACGAAAUAAUGUGUGGAUUUCACAUAAGAAGGAUGCCAAGGAGAGAAAGACUUUGAUAUUUAUUCAUGGUGGAGGAUUUUUCUUUGGAUCAACUCAUUCUUAUGCUGGUCUUUUCAUUCCAUUUGUGGAAAAGUUUGGCAUUAAUGUUUAUUUGGUUGAUUAUGGAUUAUCUCCUAAGGUUGAUUAUAAGGAAAUUUUCCCUGAAGUUCUUGGAGAGGUCAAGACUGCUAUUUCAGAACUGGGUUUGAAUCCUGAAUUAGUUACUCUUGGAGGUGAUUCUGCAGGUGGUAACUUGGUUAUGAACACACUGAGAUUUUUAAAACAAUCCAACUCUCCACUUUAUUCUCAAUUGAAUAACAUUUUACUGAUGAGUCCUUGGUGUGAUCUCUGUUUGGAAACUAAAAGUAUUGUGGCAGCUGGUAAUAGAAAUGAAAUUAGUCUUUCUCGUCGUUUAAUUCUCGAUUGUGACAAUUCGCAAGUUCCAUUCACAUCUGAUCCAAAGGAAUUCUCAAUUGCUCACUGGCCAGAGAUUGAUGUUUUGCAUGGAAAGAGAGUUUUCUUCAAUUAUGGAUCUAAGGAACAGAUUGGUGAAAGAUCAAGAUUUGAUGAAGGAAUUGAAGAUUUUGGUUGGAAGAGAUUUGUUCCAUGA